AUGCAGAUAGUGGAUAGCCGAGUUGUGGAUAUCAACCCUUUCGUUGCACUUGUUCUGAGUGCAAUCGGAAUUCCAACGCUUCUCUGCAUUCUCGGGAGCCAUCUGCUUGUCAAUCUCAAGGAAGCAGGCGAGAGAGGAGUGAACGAAGGAACUAAUUACAGAUCGAGGACCGUCAGCGACAUUGAAUUUGCCGAAGGUGCCCCUGCUGCCGUGGGCUCGAAUGAGGAGGGCACGGCCAGCGCGGCAGCGUUUGACGAGGCGUGA